GCGUUCAAGAACAUCUUUGCAGCUCAUAACCCAAUGCUUGUUGACACUUCACAGCUGUACGUCAAUCGGUAGUGGGUGUGUUUGUUUGUGUGUAUGUAUAUAUACGUACCGGCCAAGCCAUGUCUGCUAUGUUGACGGCGGAUUGGUGUCCUUUGGGACGGGAUAAAUAUUACAGAAAAUUUGAAAUUUAUUCAAUGGACUGGCAUCAUGAAAUAAAUUUAGAUAAUGUACUGCUGGCAGCUGCACCGUACGGUGGCCCUGUUGCAGUUGUCAGAGACAGAAAAAAGAUUGUCAAAGUACAAGGAAGCACUAAACCUAUAAUAUCAAUUUAUACUGCUGCUGGAAAACUUAUAUCUUCAAUCAUGUGGAACAGUGGCCCCAUUGUAGCAAUGGGGUGGUCAUCAACAGAAGAUCUCCUUUGUGUGCAGGAUGAUGGUUCCGUGCUAAAGUACGAUAUUUUUGGAACGUAUCAACAUACCUUCAGCAUGGGCCAGGAAGCAAAAGACGCAAAGAUUCUGGAAGCAAGAAUAUUUGCGAGCGAGAGUGGAACAGGUGUUGCUGUACUAACAUCUUCCUAUCGCAUAUUUUUAGUCAACAGUGUACUUGAACCAAAGGUCUACAGACUUCCAGAAAUUCCUGGACCAAACAUGUCUCCAAGUAGCUGGCAGAUUGUAGUGAAAGACCGUGAGAGUAGAGUUCUGGUUGCUAAGGGGCGAGAUCUGUUUAUACUUAUCCGAUCUGAGCUGCAAGCCAAACCAGUUAUGCUUGACAUGACUGAUGGUAACAGUUCAGUGGUGGAGAUGGCAGUGUCGCAAAACAACCGUCAUGUUGCACUUAUUACUGAUGAUGGAAAAUUAUGGCUUGGUUCAUCUGACUUACGUGACAAAUACAUUGAAAGGGACACAGAAUUUCCUUGUAAGCCCCGACAACUUGUAUGGUGUGGGACUGAGGCGGUCAUUGGAUAUUGGGAGAGUGUACUACUACUUUUUGGACGGCAAGGAGACUCCACAAAGUAUGGAUAUGAUUCUGGAGUGUACUUAGUGCCUGAGAUGGAUGGUGUUCGCGUGCUCUCUCUGUUCUCUCAUGAAAUGAUUCAGAAAGUGCCAGUUGUGGUGCAAGAAAUUUUUCGAAUCAAUAGUAAUGAUCCUGGAUCUUAUUUAUUUGAAGCUUCAAAGCAGUUCCAGAAAGGAAGUCAUCGAGCAGAUGAAUAUAUAAGAAUUGUCAAAGACAAGCUAGAGGAAGCAGUUAAAAAUUGCAUUGAGGCUGCAGGCUAUGAAUUUGACACAGACACACAGAAAAUGCUGAUUCGGGCAGCACAAUUUGGCAAAGGCUUUGUUCCCAGUAUGAACUCCGAUUCAUAUGUUAGGAUGUGUCGACUGCUACGUGUUCUUAAUGCUAUGCGAAAUCGGCAUGUUGGAAUACCAUUGACGAUUACGCAAUUGGAGCAUUUGACUACACAGGUAUUGCUGGACAGAUUGGUGCUGAGACACCACUACUGCCUGGCCAUCCACAUCGCCAAAUAUUUGCGUCUGCCAGAGAUAGAGGGAUCAAGUCGUAUUCUUGCGCAUUGGGCCUGCUAUAAAGUAAAGCAGACACAGCUGGAUCGUGAACAGGUGGCUCGUGAAAUCGCAGAGAAGUUGGGGGAUACGCCUGGUGUAUCAUACAGCGAUAUUGCUAUUAAGGCUGCAGACUGUGGUCGGACACAACUUGCAAUAAAGUUAAUGGAUUAUGAGCCUCGUGCAAAUCUUCAAGUUCCGCUCCUGUUGAGAUUGGGUGAAGUAAAACCAGCCUUAGUAAAAGCCAUAGAAAGUGGUGAUACAGAUCUUGUGUUCACUGUGCUGCUCCAUCUCCGUGAGAAUAUGCCUUUAGGAGAAUUUCAGUUGGCAGUAAGAAAUUUUCCCAUGGCUCAAGCAUUGUAUAUUAAAUAUUGUCGAGAUCACAAUCCUGAAACCUUGAGGGACAUAUAUGUUCAGGAGGAUGAUUUCAAUGCACAGGCUGCCUGCUUUAUUCGUGAAAGUUAUGACUUGAAGAACCAGUCACGAGAUGCAUCACUGGAAGCUGCUCAAGAUGCAUACCGAAGGGCACGUAAUGACUUUGGUGCCAGCCUUUGUGAGGAGCAGCUGCGUCUCUCUAGAUAUCAGCGACAACUGGAAGAAAAAAUGGGCACCAAGUUUGCAGGUGCCUCACUUCGAGACACGGUGUACAGGUUGUUGAUGUUGUCAGAAGUCAAGUUGGCUGACAAGCUACGCACUGAGUAUAAAGUCUCUGAUCGCACUUAUUGUUGGUUGCGAAUACUCAGCCUUGCUGAGCUUGGUAACUGGACUGAGUUAGAGAAGUUGUCAAAAGUCAAGAAAUCUCCAGCAGGUCAUGAACCAUUUGUGGAAGUCUGUCUGAAGCAUAAUAAUAUACAUGAAGCACAGAAGUAUUUACCAAAAGUGAGGGAUGAACUGAAGGUUAAGUAUUAUGUGAAGGCUAAGUUAUUUGAAGAGGCGUCACGCAUAGCGUUUGAGCAGAAAGAUGUACAAGGUCUCUUGUACAUUCAGAAUCAUUGCCAGACAUCUGACAGAACACUGUCUGACAAAAUAAAUGUACUUGUGUCACAGCUUGCAAACAAAAAAUGAAAGAAGAAUAAAAACAUUGCCUAUUGCUACUCCAAGGAACAUUUUUCAGUUGUUCAAGAAUAUUAUAGAAUGUUUGUUGAUGCAGUAUAUAUGCAUCGAGGUAGAUGAAGAAAGAAAUUGGAGGGUAACUAUUAGAGUGUGGUGAAAAAUACAAGUGAAUGAUCUAAUUCUGGAACUCAGCAACAUGACCCAGAAUCAACCUACUGUGAUAAAAUUUGUUAGCAAAAAUUAGACACUUUUUAUUAUCCAACAGCAAGGUGAUAAUUCCACUUACAAUAUUCUGACAGUGAGUAAAUGCAAAUUGUGAUUCCCUACAAUGUUCUGCCAACAUUUCCUUGUUCCUAUAGCUUGUAAGCAACAUUUAUUAAAGCACAGUUUUUGUGAAUGUAUUUAUAUAUGUGUUGUAUGUAUAUGUAAAAGUUUCUAGCUUCUGGCAGUCUCAGACUUGAAAUA